CCCUUUAUAUUAGCCACCAUCAAACACCAUCAUCACCUUGUCGGGCCCCUCUUCAACCCCAUCUUCUCCUCUCUUUCUUUCUACCUCUCUUUCUUCAUCAAGAAACAAGAAAUCAUCUCCAUCUCCAGGUGAUCCUGAAUUCUUUCUUUCUUUAAAGAAUGAAACGCCAAGAACUCAUCACCCUUCAAAGAAACAGUAGCUGUAGCAGGAGUACAAGAAGGAUCAUCCCUUCAAACUACAUGAGAUCAACACCUCCCAUAGCUGAACUGGAAGACAUCUCCGAUAAGCUUCUCGUUCCUAAAGCCUCUCCGAUACAACGACUCAACAAAAUCCAUUCAAUAUUCUCUUCUCUUCUCCGUUCUAUAUUCAAGAUGAUUGCUUUUCCAAGUAUAAUUAUACCCACCUGUAAAUGGCUUUCCCUACCUACUCAUCUCUCCAUCACACCUUCUCUAGGCCGGAAAGUCACCGGUACUCUUUUCGGUCACCGGCGUGGACAUGUCAGCUUUGCAGUCCAGGACGAUCCCAGGUUGGAACCGGUGUUGUUACUUGAACUAGCCAUGUCAACGUCCAUGCUAGUAAAGGAAAUGUCGUCAGGUCUGGUUCGGAUCGCCCUGGAGUGCGACAAGGUUCAGGUUCCGGCACAAGGCAGAGGCACCAGGUCAGGGAAGCUGUUUAACGAGCCAAUGUGGACUAUGUACUGUAACGGGAGGAAGUGUGGAUAUGCAGCGUCGCGCACGUGCACAGACCUUGAUUGGCAUGUGCUAACCACCGUGCAGAGCGUUUCUGUUGGAGCUGGGGUCAUUCCAAUGGUGCAAGAUGGCCGGAAGAGCGGCGCGUCAGACGGCGAGUUGCUGUAUAUGAGAGCAAAGUUUGAGCGAGUUGUAGGUAGCCGUGACUCGGUGGCGUUUUACAUGAUGAACCCAGAUGGAAGUGGAGGGCCUGAACUCGGUAUAUUUCUUCUAAGAACAUGAAAAAGAAGAAAAAAAAAAUACAAGGAAAAAAAACUUGUUGGUAUAUAUUUUUUAGGCAAUUAAUGGAAAGUGGAGAUGUUUGUUUAAUUAAUUAGUGAAAUGUAUGAAUUUUUUUUUUUCCUAAUAUGUGCUUUUAUUAUAUGUUGAUGGGAAAUUAUUACUUAUCUGAUUAUAUUUA